UCAGACGGUCCCUCACGCACCGUAGGGAAAUAGCGACCUAAAAACCAACUUUACCCCGCUCGAGCACUCAGCAUGAAAACUAGUUACUCGCGUUCUCACACCACCACCACAAAAUGUCAGUCCUUUACUGAAUUUAAAUGAAAAAGUUUUAAAUAACCUUUGUUUACGUAAGAAGAUUAUCGAAGGAAGUGUGAUUACUUGUUGACAGGAAAUUUCACCACAGAAACCUCUUCCUAUUGCCCCAUGACAAUGAGUGGUGGCGGGACAUCAGUGCAAGGACCCACAGCAAGAAUUCAGGUCAAGACAACAAUUAAUUAUGAAUCCUGAAAUAAUCAGGAUAAUUAUUGGUAUUGGAUCUAGCUUUGGAUUCUGUCCAAUUCGUACUGUCACACCUCUUGCCUGCAUUGCAUCCUGACCCGUUGGUCAAGGUAAGCUGUGCUGUGUGGACAGAGUUGGAACCAUGUCAGAGUUUGGACACGUUAGAGCCACACAGGUUAUCAGCAGUGGCUCAGACAAAGAUGAGCGCCAGCGGCAGCCACAGCCAAGGGAAAGUCUGGAGAAGAAGGAAUCAGGCUGGGGACACAUUGCUCUGCUGGACAAGACAGAGGAGUUUUUCCAGAUCUGUGACUGUGAGAGAAAGGGCUUCAUCACACGCACAGAUAUGAGGAGGCUACACAAAAAAUUGCCACUCUCUGCUGAAGAACUGGAGAAUGUCUUUGAUUCACUAGACCUUGACAGAAAUGGCUACCUCACCCUGGGAGAGUUCUCCUCUGGAUUUGCUGACUUUCUUUACGGACGGAGGGUCUCCAAGACUGAGGAUCUAAUGGCUGCAGCCUCUCAGCAGAUUCCAGAAGCUCUGCAACAGAACCCAUGUGACGAAUUGCUUUCAGGGAACGAGGACAUGGACGAAGAAGAGAGGCAUUUCAGCAUGUUGAUGGAGAGCUUGGGCGCUAGCAUUGUCUUUGAAGACCUGAAUGAGGUCCGCAGUCUUUGGGCUCAGCUCAGAAAAGAUGAGCCUCACCGCUUGUCCAACUUUGAGGAGUUUUUGGCCCGUGUCACAAAUCAAAUCCAAGAGGCACAACAGGAGAGAAAGGAGAUGGAGAGCGCCCUCAGGAGGAAAGCAGCCACACAUGACAGUGAAAUUUGCAGAUUAUAUGAGGAAAUGGAACAACAAAUCAUUAAUGAAAAAGAUAGAGCAUUUCUGAAGAACUCUGAAAAUCUGCAGCUGCGCAGUCAAGACCUUCAGAAGCAGCUCCGCAGUAAAGAACAGGAUUUGGAGCAGCUUUUCCAGAAACAGAGGAGGUUGGAGCGACAGUGUUGUGAGCUUCAUAGUGAACACAAGGAGAGUCGGCUGGAGAACAUUAAACUGAAAAUGACCAAUGAGGAGCUGUCUCGUGAGCUUGAGCACACCUGCCAAGAGCUGGUUUUGGCUCAGGAGCAGCUGGGCAUUCUACAAGAGCAAGCCUCUCGACUACAGCAGGAGAGAGAGAUGGAGAUGUACAGAAUCACAGAAGGAUUGCAGAGAGAAAAACAGAGUUUGAUGAAACAGUUGGAUCUACUCAGAGAAAUGAAUAAACAUCUUAGAGAUGAGCGAGACAUUAGCUUUCUGAAACGCAGUAAUUCUAUGAAAAAAUCCUCCCGGAAGCAAAGACUGAGCACAGCUUCAAUAAAAUACACAGAGAGGAAACCAUCUGUCAAAAAAGAAGUUGACAAAGAGGAAGUAAUUCAGCGCUCUCACAGGAAGGCCUCCUCUUUAGCAAACGGCCACUGCUUUCCCUUCACCACAGGAAAUGAGGGAAAAUGGGAGGUGGAUGGGAGAUCUGAGAAGGAAGCUGGUGACUCAGAAGGUGUCAGUGCCGGAGUGGAUGUGGAGGAUGCUCCCCCGGAUGGAUGGCCUCUACGCAGAGUCAUAUCCAUUGAGGAGGAUCACCUACCUCACCUGUUGCAAGGAGACACCCAUCCUCUUCUCCAUCAGCUGAGUGAGGAAGAAGAGGACCGGGGUGGAGAGGAGAAAGGUCAGACUGAUCUAGAGAUAAGCUCCCUUUACCCCUCCAAUGCAUCCUUGGCUUCUGCUAACUCCCCACCAUCAGUUAGGGUGAAGAAGCCCUCUAUGAAGAAAUGGAUCAGAGGGAAUAUGCCCUCUUCUGCACGGGGUCAGCCUGUUGGCAAAGAGACCCUCCAACAGGGUCCUGCAGAAAGUGCAGCUGCGGCCCCUCAACGCCUUUUUAAGGUAAUUUUGGUUGGAAAUUCCAGUGUUGGCAAAACAGCACUUCUGCGACGCUUCUGUGAUGGACAGUUCUACUCUGCCACCUCAGCCACUGUGGGCAUUGACUAUAGUGUGCAGACUUUAAAUUUGGGCGACAGUCACGUGGCUCUCCAGUUAUGGGACACUGCAGGCCAAGAGAGGUAUUGCAGCAUUACCAAGCAGUUUUUCCGCAAGGCAGACGGCGUUGUGGUCAUAUAUGACAUCACAAUGGAGGAUAGUUUCAGAUCAGUCCGCCGCUGGCUGGCCAGCAUACAGGAAGCUGUAGGAGACCCUAUCCCUGUCAUGCUCCUUGGCAACAAAUCGGACAAGGAAAAUGAUAGAGAGGUGCAGAUAAAAGAGGCAGAGAGGCUAGCUGAGGAAACACAUCUGAUGUUCUAUGAGUGCAGUGCUUAUACUGGAGCUAAUGUGCUGGAGGCCAUGAUACACCUGGCUCGGGUUUUGAGGGAGCAGGAAGACAGAGUAUGGGUGAACACCAUCAGACUGGUGGAUCAGCCGUUAAAAAAGAAAAGCUGCUGCAAGUGACCACACACAUAUGCACACUGCACACACACCUCUGAAUCUAGGCAGCAAGUACUGGUGAAAUCCCUCUGUGCUUUAUGUAUCAUCGUCUCAUACUCAAUGUAAACAAUUUACUCCGUGUCAACUUAACUGGCUGAGGGAGGCCAUAUUCACUCAUAUCUAAAUUAAAAAUGAAUAAUGUAAAGAGAAUUUUCAUGUCCAUUUUUCAAAGAGCAUUAGAUAUCAGGGCUCUCCUUAAAAAGUCUGUGCCCAAAUGUUGAUUAAGUAUAUUUUAACAUGCACUGUAUGUUUUAGGGAGAAAACGUGUGUUGACUGAAGAUGCUUAUUUAAAUGAGACUGUAAAAUAGGACAAUGUGGCUAUCCCUCUACAGCCAUUUUAACUAACCGACCAUUGACAGUCAUAGGUGCGAACAUGAUUGGUUAUUACUCCCAGUUUAUUUAGCAUUCAACCCACCUGAAAUCUUGCCAGUAUCCUCUUUAUUUCACUUAAACAAUACUUUUUGAACCAGUAUGCAUUUGGAGAGGCAGUUUAGUUAAUAAAAAAAACCAAAACAAUGAAAAGCACCAAAAUCUUUGAAAAUGUUAUUUAGGGAAUAACAAUGGCUGGAGUUAGUGUUAAACAUGUCAUGCCUCUUUCAUUGUCUUAGGUUGAACUGCUCUAUGACAGACUGUACUUGUUUGACACAAAAGAGGAAAUGUUUGUGGUUGUAUGCAACAUUGACCUGGCCUUUUAACAAGAAAACAAAACUAAUAAAGUUUUCGGAGGUUAAAAUUGUCAUACGAUUAUAGUCUAAUAACAAUAAAUCUUGAACAUACUGUGUUUGAUAAGAAUGAUUUAGAAUACAGUAGUUUAACCUCUCUCAAUUAUCCUUUAAAAAAAAAAUGUAUAGUGAAAACUUAAUUAAUUUAAACGAGCAAAGUAUGCCAGAAAACAUGCCAGCAGUCACUAUAUUACAGAAACAACUCAACGAUAAUUCAAUAAAUAUAACACAAUAAAAUGCACUUAAAUAUAAACAUCAAAAAUGAGGUGUAAAUUGUAUAGCUCUUAAAUGUCAAUCAUGUUCUUUUCAUGAAAGUUGUCCCUAAGCCUUAUUUUCUAUGAGGCAUAUCCUGUUCAACAGUAAUGCUUUCUUAUAUUAUAAGACUAAAAUAAACACAAACUUGGACAUUCUCAGACUCAUGAACAGUUA